AUGUCUCAGCAGGUUGUCUUCACCGAGGACGCCGCUUUUCCUGCCGGCCCCUACUCCCAGGCCAUUAAGACGCCCUUUGCCAUCUUCUGCUCGGGCCAGAUCCCCGCGGACAAGACUGGCGCGCUCAUUGAGGGCACAAUCCAGGACAAGACGGCGCAGUGCAUCAAGAACCUCGAGGCGGUGCUGAAGUCGGCCGACUCAUCGCUGGCCAAAGUCGUCAAAGUCAACAUUUUCCUGUCCGACAUGAGCUUCUUUGCGGACAUGAACGGCGAGUACGCCAAGUGGUUCACGCACAAGCCGGCGCGCAGCUGCGUUGCUGUCAAGACGCUGCCCAAGAACGUUGACGUUGAGAUUGAGUGCGUUGCGCUGCCGUAG